AUGGAAAAUUUAGACGAGUUAGACAAUCUAGCUGAAAAAUAUUAAAAUUUAUAGUGAAUUUUCCUUAAAAAAAAUUAUAGAAAAAAAAGGAAAAAUACAUAUAAAUUUGUAUAUAAAUCUGAAGGAAAUUUUGUAGAGGCUUUAAAUGUUGUAGAAGAAGGCUUAAAUAUUAGAAAAACCAGGUUUGGGGAUGACAGUCUCGAAGUAAGGAAAAGCUAUAUCAAAUUGUGUGAACUUUGCAACAUUCUUGCAGCUUAUUAUCUCCAAAGAGAUAAUGCUGAUUUAGCUUUUGAUUUAUUGAAAAGAGCUGAACUUUUGUGUGAAAUGGACGAGCAUACGAAGGCUGUAACGUAUAAUAACCUAGCCUGCUACUACAGGAAAACUGGAAAAGCAAGAGUAGCUUUAACGUAUUUAGGUAAAGCUUUAGUAAUUGAUAAUGAUCAGCCAAACACUCAUUUAAACUUGUGCGCGUCUCUUUCACAGAUUGAUAGGCAUGAAAAAGCAUUAGGCCAUGCAAUGCAGGCUAUUGUAUUCUUUUUUAUUUUUAAUUAUAGAUUAUAAUUUGCUUACUCCCCGCCUCAGUGAGUGAACAAAAUCAUUGGAAAAUCCCCACCCAACUUGACUGAACAAAAAAAAUUCUAUAUAUAAAUGAUAUUAUUUAUAAUUAAAUCUCAGUCUAAUAAUGUUUUAUUUUAAACAGCUUGCAUUUUUUAAAUAUAAAUUUUACCAAAUAAAAUUAAUAUUUGCUUUAAUAUUUUUGCAAAAUGGAUUUUUUAAAUUUCGAAAAAGAAAAAAUUUAUAUAUAAAUCUUUAAAAAAAAUUAAAUCCCCUCAUGUGCAAACACAAAAUAUUUUUGCUCGCUCAUGGAGGGGGAAGUUAUAAGAAAAAGAAAAUAAAUAUGGAUUAUAAGAUACUUUUACAAGAUCUUUUUAUUUCCUCUCUACAAGCCAAUACAGGCUUUGAAGAGCAUGCCCAUGAGCUUGCUAUUGCGUACCACAAUAUGGCAGUAGAGCUUGAAUACCUAAAAAGAACUAACGAAGCUUUAAGAAUGUACCAAAAAGCUGUAGAAUUUGCCCAGAAAUAUUUGCCUGAGGAUCACCCAAUCAAUGUAAACGCCCAAAGAAUGCUAUAUAAUGCUGCAAAAGAUGAAGAAGAACAUAGAGAAAAAUUGUUGAACCGACGAGAAUGUACAUCAAAAAACAACUUUUAUAGUAUACUAUUAUGCCUAAAAUAGCCCAUAGAUCUCCAUUAGUCAGCCCAGGGCUAUUUUUAAUUAUUUUUGUAUAAAAAGUUGGACAGAAAAGAGUCAAGAAGAGAAAUUGAUGAAGACAAAAAUGCAGAAAUGAAAAGAAAAGCAUCGUCAACUGACCCAGGAGUAAGGUUUGGGCGGGACUAUGAAAGAGGAAAUGAAGGCCGAAAACCUAAUUUAAUUGAAAUAUAA